AUGGAUGGGAAGAUUGCCGCCAUUGGGCAAGAGAGCAAAGUAAAGCCCAAAGAUCUGGAUGACUUCGAAGUUCAUGAUCUGCAUCAAUGUAUCAUCCUCCCGGGUUUCGUCGAUGGACACAUGCACCUCUUGCUCCUAGGCCAAUCUCUGCGCAAGUUGGAUCUAGUCCAUUGCAAAACGCUGGAAGAUAUACGGUCAGCUAUCAGGUCUUAUGCAGAGGCAAAUCCUGAGUUGCCCACUAUUCUCUGCAAAGGCUGGAUGCACUCUAUGACGCCCGAUGGAGUGACAGCAGCUUUGCUGGACGACAUUGACCCGCGGCCUAUCUUCGUCGACGCCAGUUCCCUGCAUUCAUGUUGGUGCAACUCGGCAGCUUUGGAAAAGCUUGGGGUUGCCGAUAUGCCCAACCCAGCAGGCGGUCGUAUCUAUCGCGACGCCAAUGGAAAGCCCUCGGGUGUCUUGGAUGAAGGCGCGAUGAUGUCCAUCGUCUGGCCAUAUCAGGCAUGCUCAUAUCCCAAGGAAGAGCGUAUCAAGGCAAUACACACGGCUAUUGAGGAGUACAACGCUGCAGGCUACACGGGAGUCGUGGAGAUGGCCAUGGACGAAGAAGCAUGGGAUGCCCUUGUCACUCUUCGAGAAAGGCGGCCAGAUCUUUCAUUGCGCGUGGCUGCACAUUGGCUGAUAAAGCCGAACACGGAUUUUGAGGCUAAUUCGGCGCAGGUCCGAAGAGCCAUUGAGUUGAGCCGGAAGUACAACGCUAGCACAACCCCGGAUCUUCGGAUCGUCGGGAUCAAGGUCAUUUGCGAUGGCAUUAUCGACGCCUGCACUGCAUUCCUUUCUCAUCCAUACGCACCCGGAGGCAGUCCACCGCCGAUCUGGGAGCCUAGAUACUUGGAACCUGUCGUCAAAAAAGCAGACGCUGGUGGGCUUCAAGUUGCACUCCAUGCGAUUGGGGACGCUGCAAUCAAAAUGGCCAUCGACGCCAUUGAAAACAACACCACUCCGGGACGACGGCACCGUAUCGAGCACCUGGAGCUCGCAGCACCUGAAGACGCAAAACGACUUGGAAAGUUGGGGCUCACGGCAUCUAUUCAGCCCUUGCAUGCCGACCCGGCCAUUCUUACAGAAUGGCCUCGGUUGUUGGGAGAAGAGCGUUGCCAGAGAGCCUUUGCCUAUCGCGAGUUCGCUGACUCUGGGGCCCUGAUGGCGAUUGGUAGUGAUAGUCCAACUUCACCUUGGGCGCCGUUGCGUAACCUGUACGUUGCGGCUACGAGACGCUCGGCACGCGAUCCUGCUUACAAGAGUACCGUCAACGAAGGUUUUCGGCUGGGUCUCUGCGAGUCUGUCACGGCUGCAACUUAUGGUGCAGCUUGCAGUGUGUUCGCAGAAGGACGAGUAGGAAGCCUGGAUGUAGGGAAGCUCGCAGACUUCAUUGUUGUGGACAUGCAGUGGGGUGCAGAUAAUCUCUUGGAGGCAAACGUGAAAGAGACCUGGUUUGAUGGCCGGAAAGUCUGGGAAAGCCUAAAGUGA